CUUAAGGGUCUUCAUUUGGUCUGACAUAACACACUGAGAAACAUGCAUCCUCAUUAGAGGAUAUCCUGUGAAUACCAAAUAAGCAUCCCCUUUUAUUUUUGAAGAUGAGUAAACCACAAUUUAUUUAACAUGUUCCGAAUUAUUUAAGUUAUAAUAAACAGUAUGGCCUAACACAAACAAAAGAAGAAAAACAUUAAAAUGAUUUACAAAAUAUAUAAUAUGGUUUUUGGCCUCUAUUUGCUGAAACACUUUUAUGGCAUUGCAUUUGCAUGUUUUUACAUGUUAAAUAAUUUAUUAAAUCUAUAUUAUGUCCCGCGUCCAUAGCCUGUGAUGGGUGGUGUUAAUGAAUUAACAAGGAUGGAAAGCAUGCAGUUGGGGAUGACAUAUUCCUGCCUAUAAAAUAAAGCAACCUUGUAUGAAGAACAGAAACGGUUGUGAAGGGAGGAGGGAAGCUAUGGAAGCUUUUCUUGACACGUAUAUCCUCUUGUGUGUCUACCUUAUCUCAGUAUGUGUCUCUUUCUCGUCUUUAUACUUUGCAUCUUCCUCUUUUCCCUCAUCUUGUAAGUUACGGAAAAAGUUUAAUCUUAAUGAAGUGCACAAGCCUGGCGAUGUGGUUCUAGGUGGGUUGUUUGAGGUCCACUACAGCUCUGUCUUCCCAGAACGAACAUUUACCUCAGAGCCACAACAGCCCAUCUGCAAAGGCUUUGACACUUUAGGUUUCAGGCAUGCCAUGACCAUGGCCUUUGCUAUUGAUGAGAUCAACAAGAACUCCAAUCUGCUACCUAAUGUGACUCUGGGAUACAGUCUCGCUGAUAACUGUGGUGCACUUGUUGUUGGAUUCAGUAGUGCAUUAUCACUGGCAAGUGGCAGAGAAGAGCAAUUUCUGCUUUGGAAGAACUGUUCAGGGACACCUCCUGUCCUGGGUAUUGUGGGUGAUUCCCCCUCUACAUUUUCUAUUGCCACCUCCAAUGUGCUAGGUUUAUACAAAAUGCCCAUUGUAAGUUAUUUUUCCACAUGUUCCUGCCUGAGUGAUCGGCAACGGUUUCCAUCCUUCUUUAGAACAAUUCCAAGUGAUGCUUUCCAGGUGCGUGCUAUGAUUCAGAUUCUAAAACACUUUGGCUGGACUUGGGUAGGCCUGCUGGUCAGUGAUGAUGACUAUGGACUCCAUGUUGCUCGAUCCUUCCAAUCUGACCUGGCUCAGUCUGGAGAAGGUUGUCUGGCCUACUUACAAGUUUUACCGUGGGACAGUGACCGAAGUGAACUCAGGAGGAUUGUACAUUUGAUAAAGACAUCAACAGCUCGUGUGGUCAUGGUGUUUGCACAUGAGUUCCACAUGAUUCAUCUAAUGGAAGAGGUGGUGAUGCAGAAUGUAACAGGCCGGCAGUGGAUAGCCAGUGAAGCUUGGACAUCAGCUGCUGUGCUCCAGACACCCCGCAUCAUGCCGUACCUAAGCGGCACACUGGGCAUCGCCAUCCGUCGAGGAGAAAUACCAGGGCUCAGGGAAUUCCUUUUACAAAUACGUCCUGACCAAAAUGACAGCAACAACUAUAAUUUGGUGAGGCAGUUUUGGGAAUACACAUUUCAGUGUAGAUUUGAUCCAGCAGAUUGGGUGGAAGCAGAGGGACCACUAUGUACUGGACAGGAAGAUAUUGAAAAUGUGGAGACUGAGUUUUUGGAUCUUUCUAACCUCAGGCCUGAGUACAAUGUUUACAAGGCUGUGUAUGCUCUGGCAUAUGCGCUCGAUAACAUGCUGCAGUGCGAGCCAGGGAGAGGGCCUUUCAGUGGGCACAGCUGUGCCACUUUGGAAAGAAUGGAGCCAUGGCAGCUUGUACAUUAUUUACAAAAGGUUCACUUUACCACACCAUUUGGUGAUGAAGUCUCAUUUGAUGAGAACGGUGAUGCCUUACCAAUAUAUGAUAUUGUCAACUGGCUAUGGCUCCCUGACGGAAGAACUAAAGUUCAUAAUGUGGGUGAGGUUAAGAGGUCGGACUCCAAAGUUGAAGAACUCACAAUUGAUGAAGACAAAAUCUCCUGGAACUUUGCAUUUAAAGAGCCACCCCGGUCAGUGUGCAGUGAGAGCUGUCCACCAGGAACCCGAAUGGGCAGAAAGAAAGGGGAACCUGUGUGCUGUUUUGACUGCAUUGCUUGUUCUGAGGGAAAGAUCAGCAAUAAAACUGACUCCAUGGAGUGCAUCAGUUGUCCAGAGGACUUCUGGUCUGGCCCCCAUCGUGACCACUGUGUUCCUAAGAAAACAGAGUUCCUCUCCUACCAUGAGCCUCUGGGUAUCUGCUUGACAGCUGCCUCAUUGCUGGGCACAUUUAUCUGUGCUGUUGUCCUGGGGAUCUUUAUCCAUCAUCGCAGCACACCCAUUGUACGCGCCAAUAAUUCCGAACUGAGUUUUCUGCUCUUGGUGUCACUUAAACUAUGUUUCCUGUGUUCACUGCUGUUUAUUGGCCGUCCCAGGCUAUGGACAUGUCAGCUGAGACAUGCAGCAUUUGGGAUCAGCUUUGUGCUUGCUGUCUCAUGUAUUUUGGUGAAAACCAUGGUAGUUCUGGCUGUGUUCAAGGCUUCCAAGCCAGGAGGUGGAACCAGUCUGAAGUGGUUUGGUGCUAUGCAGCAGAGAGGGACAGUUCUGGUUCUUACUUCUAUCCAGGCAAUAAUUUGCACGGCUUGGCUUGUCUCUUCCUCACCAGCUCCUCAUAAAAACACUCAAUACUACAAUGACAAGAUCGUUUAUGAGUGUGUAGUCGGAUCAACCAUUGCUUUUGCAGUGUUACUAGGCUAUAUUGCCUUACUGGCUAUCCUUAGCUUCCUGUUAGCAUUUCUGGCUAGGAAUCUUCCAGACAACUUCAAUGAAGCCAAGUUUAUCACUUUCAGCAUGCUCAUUUUCUGUGCUGUGUGGGUGGCCUUUGUCCCAGCUUAUGUCAACUCACCAGGCAAAUAUGCAGAUGCAGUGGAGGUAUUUGCCAUCCUGGCCUCCAGUUUUGGUCUCUUGGUGGCACUGUUUGGACCCAAAUGUUACAUAAUCCUGCUGAAACCAGAGAGGAACACAAAGAAAGCAAUCAUGGGUCGAGGACCCACCAACUCAUAACAGCAGCAGUUGCAUCAAAAUGAUCAACUAGUCUGAACCAGUGUAUAUUUUCCAUUCAUUCAGUAGAGAACUGAUCUUUAAAUGUCCAUUUUAACAAAUAACUAAUCUGUUUUUUUAACUUUGUUUUUACUGUAAGGAAUAUAUUUAGAAGAAACUAGAAGCACUCAAGAAUUGUUUCUGUGCAACACACUGCCCAUGUUCUGCCUGAUGACAUUCUCGUGGCUUUUUCCCUACUCUGAGUCUCAACUACUUUUUCUAUAAGUCAUGUGCAGUUUCCAGCAAAAAUACAAUUAAAAUUAUCUGUUCAUAAUCAGAUCGACAUCAUACCAACAGCAUUUACACCUUUCACUACAGUUUUUAUGUCUAUGUCUGUAGAAUAUGUCGCAGACAUGAAAAAAAGAUAUAUAUAUUUUUUGUAUCUCUUUCAGAUUAAAAGCUCUCUUGUUUUUCUGUGGAAAGAA